AUGGGUACGAUACGAGGGGCAGCAGAAAAAGAAAGGUCGCACCUCGUCAACCCGGUCACUGGCGAGCAGGCGGCGCUGCCGGACGUCACCACCAUGGGGACGAUCCACGCCGACUGUGCCGGAUUCCAUUACGCUCUGGAGAUCGAACGCUUCGUGCAGGUCCGCUUGGGCAGCCCGCACCCUCCUAGUCUCAGGGGCCCGGUAUGGGAGGCAGUCGGGCCGCGCUCGUCGCUCACGCUCGCCGGUACCCAGAUGCUCCAGUACUUCUACGGCAAGGUCGUCCUCUCGGCCUCCCCGCACCCGGGCUGCUACGCCGCGAUGCUCAUCCUGCACAGGGACUUCGGCGCCCCGGCCUUCGCGUCGGCGGAGGACCCCGUGUGGCGCCUGGCGCCCUCGCCCGACGCCAUCGACGACGCCAUCCACCACGACGGCCGGUUCUACUCCGUCACGUGCUCGGGCGUCGUGCAGGCGUGGAAGCCCGACCCUGGUGUCGACGGCGAGAUGACCGGCACGGCGGUCGCGCCGAGGCUGACGCUGGCGGAUCAGGACAAGGCGGCGGAGUCGGCAACCCCGAGGCUGACGGACAAUUACUCGAUGUGCCACAAGUACCUGGUGGCGGCGCCGGACGGCCGGCUGAUGGUGUACGUCCUCGACGGCGCGGCGGGGCAGUGGGAGGAGACCCACGACAUCGGCCAGGCGGCCCUGUUCGUCGGGCUGAACAACUCGCUGUGCGUGUCGACGAAGGAGCACGCCGGGCUCAGGGCCGGCCGCGUCUACUUCACCGACGACGAGCUGGAGCACGCGGCGUGGCGCACGGAGGAGCGCAAUCGCUAUCUCUACGGCAGGCGUGGCUUCCAGAAGCGGUGCAUCGGGGUUUACGACCUCAAGAGCGGCAGGAUGAAGAAGGUCAGGUCGUCCGUGGAGCGGCCCAGCUUCUGGCCGCCGGCAGCCUGGUUCACGCCUUCGACGGUCUCAACGUAG